CCGGCCAGCAGAGGGCGGCGCAGGACUAAACUGAGCAGCUGAGCGCAGAAGCGGAAACGCGGAAGUGAGCUGGGUGUAAACAAUCCAGUCAUCUGUGGUGUGUUAUUACAAGUGAAAACCCCUAAGUUUGAAGUGGCUCCCUGUGUGCGGCCAACAUGCCUUAUCUGGGCGGCGAGGAGACGGUGAGGGAGCUGAGGAGGGCUCUGUCCAACCCCAACGUCCAGUCCGACCAGCUCCGGUACAGAAACACUAUCCUGAAAGUCAUCAGGGCGAUGUCACAAGGCGUGGACAUGUCAGGCCUGUUCAGUGAGAUGGUAAAAGCCUGUGCCACAGUGGAUGUGGUCCAGAAGAAGCUGGUCUACGUGUUCCUGUGUUCCUACGCCGCCUUAAACCCGGAGCUGUCCCUGCUGGUCAUCAACACGCUGAGGAAAGACUGUCAGGAUCCGAACCCGAUGGUCCGCAGCCUGGCUCUGAGGAACAUGACCAACCUCAGGUUACCCAGCUUGGUGGAGUACGUGGAGCAGCCGUUAGCAGCAGGGCUCAGAGACAGAGCGGCUUGUGUGCGACGAGUGGCGGUACUCGGCUGGGCUAAACUUCACAAUCUCCAGGCCAGCUCUGAGAUAGACGCCGCGGUGGUGAACGAGCUCUACAGCCUGCUGAGGGACCCGGACCCGGUGGUGAUGGUGAACUGCCUCCGAGCUCUGGAGGAGAUCCUGAAGGACGAAGGAGGAGUCGCUAUCAACAAACCCAUCACCCAUCACCUCCUCAACAGGCUGAAGGAGUGCGACAUCUGGGGUCAGUGCCAGGUGCUGAGGGUCCUCCAGCGCUACAGGCCCCAGUCGGAGGACGAGCUCUUCGACAUCCUGUCCCUGCUGGAUGCCUCCCUGGUCAGCCCACAUCCGCCCAUCAUGGCCGCCACCCUCAGCCUCUUCCUCAGCCUCUGCUCCGGCCAGCCUGCCGUCAGUCUGGCCGCCCUCGAGCGAGUUCGUGGACCGCUGCUGGCUGCAUGUGGGAGCGGAUCCAGAGAGAUGAGGUUUACUGCCCUCUGCCACAUACAGCUUUUGUUGCGUUCCAUCCCUGGCCUGAUGGGGGCGCACUACAAACGCUUCUUCUGUGGCUACGCCGAGCCGGCCUACAUCAAGCAACGGAAGAUGCAGGUGCUGGUGGAACUGGUAAAUGAUGAGAACGUAGCGAUGUUACUGGAUGAGUUGAAGGGAUACUGCACGGACGUCAACGCUGAGACUGCACAGGCAGCAAUCACAGCUAUAGGUCGAAUUGGACGCAGCUACAGUGACAGAUGUCUAGAGAUCCUCACCGGACUGCUCGGCCUCAAACAAGAUCACAUUACUUCUGCGGUGGUGCAGACGAUGCGUGAUCUGGUCUGGGUGUGUCCCCAGUGCAGCGACACCGUUUGCUUUGCUCUUGAGGGCUGCGAGGAGACGCUGCAGGACAGUCAGGGCAGGCAGGCUUUGCUGUGGCUGCUGGGCGUAUACGGCGAGCGAGUCUCCAGCGCCCCCUACACUCUGGAAGUGUUCAUCGAUGGAGUGAGGAGUGAAGCCUCUCUAGGAGUCAAGAUGGAGCUGCUAACAGCCACCAUGAGACUGUUUCUAUGCCGACCUGCUGAGACUCAGGACAUGCUUGGAAGACUGCUGCACUACUGCAUAGAGGAGGAGACGGACAUGUGUGUUCGGGACCAGGCGCUCCUCUACUACCGACUGUUGCAUUGUGGGAUAGAGGAGACACGAAAGGUCCUUCAGGGUCGGAGGUCGGACCCUUCCCUGGGUGUUUUGAUUGGCCGCCCCGCUGAGCCCGUCAGCCAAUGGGCGCGCAGCUUUAACACCCUGGAGCCUCUGAGGCAGGGCUCCAUAGAGACGGAGUCGGUCAGCAGGGGAAGCCCUGAACACACCAUGUUUGACCCAAAGCCAAACGCUGACCUCUCCAACACACUAGACUGUAGCCGCAUUGAGAAGGUUCAUUCAGACGGUGAUGGUCGGUGUUCAGACUCCUCCGCUGAUAUUCUGGCUUCCAGCGUUGCCGCCCCCCUCAGCUUGUCCCUCUUCCCAGCCCUCAGCCCAGAGGAGUUUGAGCGCCUGUGGCUACAGCAACUGGCUCUGCAUGCUGAACAAGGUAAUGAAAUGGAAAAAGGCUAUAUUGUAAACAACACAUCCCAGAGAUUCUCUCUCUCCAGGAGCUUCCCCUUCAUUGGGCAGGACUUGUGGUUGACAAGAGCUCGUAGGCCUGCUGAAAAAGAUGAAGAGGCAGGGAAGGAGGAUUUUGUGUGGAUGGAAGAAUGUGUCCGGUGCCCGACGAUACCUCGCUGCUCCCCGCAAAGCCUCCAGGCUGCCAUGCAGUUGGUCAACAUCCAGACGUUGGCCUUCACGCCGCCGCAGACGCUUCCAUGGAGGGUUUACCUGUACACGCACACCUGUUUGGACGACGCACCCCACAGCACGCUCAUACUGGGGGAACUGCUGUACACCGGAGAGGAGCCUCAGAAAGCAGAAGUACAUAAAGGCUCGGCUGAUGGAGGAGUCGGCGCGGAGGGCAUUGAAGACGAGCAGGCGAGACAGGGAAUGGAAGCAACAGCUGACGGAGGACAGGAAGCUGUAAAAGUGACUCUUAGGCAGCAGCCAAGAGAUGACAAAGCUCUGAAGGGCUUCCUGUCAAUCCUUACCACUGUGCUGCACACACUGUCCUCAGAGAGAGCCUAAAUAUACAUCAGCCACACAUACUGAUACACAUUAUUUGAUUUACUGUGUAUUCUUUCAAAUAUACACCCAACCAAGAGUUAUUUUCUUGGGCGUCAUCCAUAAAUGUUGACAUUAUGUGAUCUUCUUUGUGCUAUCUGAGCUGCUACAAAAAACUCUAAUUGCCACUGAUAACCUUCAUUUAGGAGGAUGCCCACUGCAGCCCUGAUUAGUGGUACUAUCCCUUGUUCUGCACCUCCUGAUAACUGCUGCAACUGUGUUUCCACGGAUUUUUAUUUGGCUACCACUCUUCCUGUAUCCUUUCGAUUUUUGUACAGUCUCACAAUCAGAUUUUUCAGUUUCUCUGGCAUUUCUUUUCCAUGUGGAGCCAUGAUGCAGACAUGCAGAUAGACACAGCCCAUUGGUCCGACAUGGAGAAAGUUGUUGUUAUAUUCAAUUUUGUUUAGUUUCUUCUAAUUUGUAUGUCAAUGAUCAUUUGCCUUCUACUUUGGAGUGUGUAUUUUAAACAUAGUAUUACUAAAGUGUUAGUUUUUGAUUGUUCAAAAGAAGACACACAUACAAAUACACAUUAUUUAAUGUGUGUUCUUUCAAAUAUACGCCCAUCCCGAAGGAUUUCCCAGUUAUUUUUACAUUUAUUUUUUGCCCCCAAUUCAGUCUAUUGUAAUACAAAAUAUCUGCCCAUGCCAAAUCCCAAUCCGAUAGUAUUUUCCUAAAUAAUACACACUUCAAGUAGUACUGUUAGCUACUAUAGCAACCAGAAGAGGUGGUUCCACAAGCAGAGAGCAUUGCGGGGGUUUAGCUUGUAAAAGGGGCAGCAUGACGAGGCCUGGUGUACUCAGUCAAGCCAGGAUCAACCAGAAUAGCGUUCCUGUAUCCCAGUGACACGUGUUGCAGUCGCCUUUACAGCAUGUAGCACGUGUUUGUGACGACUGUCAACACAGGACAAUACUAAUGAUGGACUAUCUAAGACAUAGACUGGAGGUAAACUGCAUUACUGCCUCUUAGCUGACAGAUAAAAAAGGAUCGAAUGUCCAUUUAUGUUGUAAAUUAGGCAAUUAUUUAUUGACAGUGCUGCAAGACAAGUGUUUAUGACACCUGUGUGACAGUGGACAUAACAAAGGAUCUGGCUUAGGUUCAUGCUGAUACCAUUUGGAUAACAUUUGCCCUUAUCUACCCCGGGAUCGGGACGUACCUGCCCUUCCCCUACAUGUAAGUGUAAAACAUCACCUCGAGCACAAUGUUAUACAUUAGAACUACAGGAAACCACAUACAGAGUAAACACAGAUAGCAGAAGUUGUGUCCAUGGGUAGUAAAACUAUAUAGACUUCCUUUUUUUAUUUGGAGUAAAAUAUAAACGAAUAUUGAUCGCCUCUGUGUUUAUUCAGAGCUCGCCAUGAUAAGCAGAUUAAAGAAUAGUUCACUUUGAGCCAUGUCCUGAUGUUGGCGCUACAUCAUGAAAGCAGAAUUUUCCAUCUGGGGCCUGAAAGGUGAUAAUGCAGUUCACGAUAAGCUCAAUCUCACGCACCCAUUCAUUCUGAAGUAUGAUCAUACUGUAGGUGGCUGCAGGACAUUUCAGACACUGUGAAUAAUAAUAAUACAUGUGUUCAAAUAAUAAAAUAUUUAAACUGCA